CUCACCUGUGGGCGCAGCUCCCUCACCUGGCCCAGGUGACGCUGGGGGGAGCCAGGAAGGAGGAAGCAGCCGCAGCAGCAGGGAGCCCUGGCCAGUGUGCACAGGCCGGAGGGGGCCAGGCCAGGCCAGGAUCAUGUCAGCCUCCGCGGUCUUUGUCCUGGACCUCAAAGGCAAGCCGCUGAUCAGCCGGAACUACAAGGGGGACGUGAGCAUGGCAGAGAUCGAUCACUUCAUGCCGCUGCUGAUGCAGAAGGAGGAGGAGGGGGCCCUGACGCCCCUGCUGACCCACGGCAAAGUCCAUUUCCUCUGGAUCAAGCACACCAACCUGUACCUGGUGGCCACCACCAUGAAGAAUGCCAACGCCUCGCUGGUCUACUCCUUCCUCUACAAGGUGGUGGAGGUCUUCUCCGAGUACUUUAAGGAGCUGGAGGAGGAGAGCAUCCGAGACAACUUCGUCGUCAUCUACGAGCUGCUGGAUGAGCUGAUGGAUUUCGGGUUCCCCCAGACGACCGACAGCAAAAUCCUGCAGGAGUACAUCACCCAGCAAGGCAACAAGCUGGAGACUGGCAAGUCCCACGUGCCCCCCACCGUCACCAACGCCGUGUCCUGGCGCUCCGAGGGCAUCAAGUACAAGAAGAACGAGGUUUUCAUCGACGUCAUCGAGUCCGUGAACCUGCUGGUGAACACCAACGGCAGCGUCCUGCUCAGCGAGAUCGUGGGCAGCAUCAAGCUGAAGGUGUUUCUCUCCGGCAUGCCCGAGCUGCGGCUGGGCCUCAACGACCGCAUGCUCUUCGAGCUGACCGGGCGUGGCAAGAACAAGUCGGUGGAACUGGAGGACGUCAAGUUCCACCAGUGCGUGCGGCUCUCGCGCUUCGAGAACGACCGCACCAUCUCCUUCAUCCCGCCCGACGGAGACUUCGAACUCAUGUCCUACCGGCUCAACACGCAGGUGAAGCCCCUCAUCUGGAUCGAGUCGGUCAUCGAGAAGUUCUCCCACAGCCGCGUGGAGAUCAUGGUGAAGGCAAAGGGCCAGUUCAAGAAGCAGUCGGUGGCCAACAGUGUGGAGAUCUCGGUCCCCGUCCCCAGCGACGCCGACUCCCCCAAGUUCAAGACCAGCGUUGGCAGCGCCAAGUACGUGCCUGAGAAGAACAUCGUCAUCUGGAGCAUCAAGUCGUUUCCGGGUGGGAAAGAGUUCCUGAUGCGGGCCCACUUCGGGCUGCCCAGCGUGGAGAAGGAGGAGGUGGAGGGGCGGCCGCCCAUCGCUGUCCGCUUCGAGAUCCCCUACUUCACCGUCUCAGGAAUCCAGGUGCGCUACAUGAAGAUCAUCGAGAAGAGCGGGUACCAGGCGCUGCCCUGGGUGCGAUACAUCACCCAGAGCGGGGAUUACCAGCUCCGGACCCAGUAGGCGCCCGCUGGGCAGCGAGGGAUCCUGCCGCCCCCGCGCUCGAAGGAGGCUGCGGCCCCCGGACCGUGACGAGCCCCCGGUGACUCGAGAGGCCCUUUGAAGAGAAUUUUGUUUGUGUGCGUUUCCCCCGGGCCGCUGCCCUCUGGCCGGCCCCAGGCCUGGUCCUGUCUCCCAACGUCUCUCUCGCUGUAUAAAGAGAAAACGAACCUCGCUCGGCUCUGAGGAUGGUUUUGGGGCCAGCGGCCGGGGGGCUGGAAGGCGCUGCUGGUACCUGGGCGGGGCUUGCAGAGGGCCACGUUCAGUGCCGUCCGUGGGGCUGCGUGUGCGUCCCUGAGCACGGGCUUGGGCCCCACCAGGAUCCCAAGGGAGGACGACAGGGCCUGAGAGCUGGGAUGGGAUCUACACCCACCUGCUUCAGGGCAUGAGCCAAUGGGCCAGGAGGGCCCCGUGGGGCCGGGGAAUCGCUGCCCUGCAGGGCGCCGGGUCCCUCCCUCUGAGGCAGG